AUGGGUGUCAAGGAGAUACGUACGGUUGUGAAGUGCGACUUCAGUAAGCCCGCUUGGGAGCAACCAGGGUUCCAUAAUCGAUGGCAUCCAGAUAUUCCCGCCCACGCUACCAUCGCCAACAACGAGGUGGUCAAGAUCGAGUGCUUCGACUGGACAGGUGGACAGAUCAAGAACAACGACUCAGCAGAUGACAUCAAGAAUGUCGAUCUCACCAGGGUACACUACCUCUCGGGGCCGUUUCACAUUGAGACCGCUGAGCCAGGCGACGUCCUACUAGUUGAGAUCCAGGAUGUUCAGCCCUUCCAGGACCAGCCAUGGGGUUUCACCGGUGUCUUCCACAAGAACAACGGCGGAGGGUUUCUGGACGAUAUUUACCCUGAAGCUGCAAAAGCGAUCUGGGACUUUGAGGGAAUUUUUUGUUCCUCUCGACAUAUCCCUCACGUGCGGUUCCCGGGCCUCAUUCACCCAGGCAUUCUCGGAUGCGCGCCCUCCGCAGAGAUUCUUGCGGAGUGGAACCGACGAGAGGGAGAACUGGUCGCCGCCAACACCCUCAGUCGCGAUGUCGCGAAGCUGCCGGAGCCUCAGAAUGCACAUGCUGGCGGCGCCAGCGAAGAAAUCAAAGCAAAAGUGGCUCGAGAGGGAGCGAGGACAAUUCCGGGUCGCCCUGAACACGGAGGCAACUGUGACAUUAAGAAUUUAAGCAGAGGAUCGAAAAUAUACCUGCCCGUGCAUGUCCCCGGCGCGAAAUUCUCCGUUGGAGACCUGCACUUCUCCGAGGGAGACGGCGAGAUCUCCUUCUGCGGUGCCAUCGAGAUGGCGGGCAUCAUCACGAUCAAGUUCACCGUGAUCAAGGACGGCAUGGCGCAGAUGGGCCUCAAGUCCCCCAUGUACCUCCCCGGUCCCGUGGAGCCACACUUCGGUCCAGGCCGGUAUCUCACCUUCGAGGGCUUCUCGGUCGACGAGCACGGCAAGCAACACUACCUCGACGCGACGGUCGCCUACCGCCAGACCUGCCUCCGGGCCAUCGAGUACCUCCGCCGCUACGGCUACAACGAUUACCAGAUCUACCUGCUGCUCAGCGCCGCGCCGGUCCAGGGCCACAUUGCCGGCAUCGUGGACAUCCCCAACGCGUGCACGACUCUGGGGCUGCCGAUGGACAUUUUCGACUUUGACAUCCGGCCCGAGGUCAAGCCCGUGAAGAUGGACAUGGGCAGCUGCGCGUUUACGAGUGACAAGAUGUAA